AGCUUGUGCUUUGCAUAUUCGGGGAAGCCGUGAGUCAGUCAGUUUGCUCCUGCCUCAUAUAAACCGUUCUAAACCGUUCUUGUAAGUCCAAUGCGUAGCGCUGAUUUGGCCGAGCUAGGAUGACAACUAUAGUAUCCCCACCUUGUACCCCGCCAAACUGCCCGCUCGGUAUAUAAACCAUCUGGACCCCUUUUACCAAUUAUUUUCGGAACUCAAGCAUCACAAAGGAAAUAAAGAUAUAAAGUUCUCCGCCGAAGAGAUUUCUCCAGUAAAACAUACUCCCAGCCGAGUCAAGACUUCAACAAGAUCUUUGAUAUCAUGUCUGCGAAAGUCGACCCAGCAGAUUUCAAGACGUAUCAUGGAGGCUGUCAUUGCGGAGCCUUCAAGUUUGCAAUCCGGAUCCCAGAGUUGAAGGAUAUAAUGGCAUGCAACUGUAGCAUUUGCAUCAAGAAUGGGAUUUUGGGAAACAUUUGGUUCAGAGACGAUGGGCCCGAGGAGUUUAUAGUGGAGAAAGGGGAUAUAGAUGCGUUGAAGAAGUAUUCAUUUGAGCGCAAGAAUGCGGUGUAUCGGUUCUGUGGGGUUUGUGGGACAAAUGUUUUCGUAAAAGACCCCGAGGAGAUUGGGAUCAAUGCGAGAUCUCUCGACGAUAUAGAUGUGGAGCCUUUGCCGCGGAAGCCCUGGGAUGGCUGGAAGAAAGGAACGCCGUAUGCGCCCGAGUUUGGCCAGCAAGUUGAAUGGAAGAAGCCCGAAGGAAAGGACGAAGAGAAAACCGAGGACGACUUGAUCACGUAUCAUGGAAACUGCCACUGCGGGAAGAUAAGGUAUGCUUUGAGGUCGAAGGACCUCUAUGACAUGGAGGUCAUGCAAUGUAAUUGCAGUAUGUGUGGCAAAAACAGCCACCGCCACAUAUACCCGACGCGCACCGCGCUCCAAGUUCACGACCCGGAAGGCGCUGCCUCAAAGUAUAACUUCCUCUCAAAGGACUCGGCGCAAACGUUUUGCAGCAAUUGCGGCACGUUUGUCUUUGUCGAUAUUGAGGAUCAGAGCGUGGAUUUACGGCCGCUGAAUGUGAGAACGAUCGACGAUAUUGACAUUUAUAAGCUGAAGUACAACAUGUAUGAUGGCCGCUCGAAGCCGCCUUUGUAUACAGGAGAAAGGCACAAACUCGAUUAAUUGCCUAAUUCUGCGAUUGAUGGGCUAGUUCUUUGAUCGAUGGAGGUACUACUGUUAUCUGAAACUAUUGUCGUGUGCGCUGUGGCCACUGUUGAAAGUUGAGAUCUUCUUUCCGCGACGGAGCCGUAUUAUUGAAUAUAUAUAUAUAUAUUUACUAUAUAGUUUCGGGCCGCCGCCACUCUUGAAAUUGUUGCAUCAAUGGGACGAAGCCGGAUUCCGAACCGUAGCCAGUUGCCGAAUUUGCGAAGUCGGCACCAUGGCCCACAGUUAUAGUCCGCCCCGCCCUUCAAAACAAUUCCCCACGAAGCAAUUAACAUAUUGUCGAGAACCUCGAUAUGUGGACCUAACGAAAGAAUAAAAUCUGCUGCAUAUAGCUUAUCGUAUUAUAGCGGUGUGAUCUCAAGUGCCAAGAUUUGUAUAUCCCAUCAUAUUCAUGCUUUUAUAAUGUUGUGAAGUGAUAAUGCCCCUGUCAAACUUUGGUUCACGGCCGAGAGGGUCCACUAAA